AUGAUAUAUAUUGAUUUAUAUAGAUUUCAGCUGCAGAUUAUUUUGGUACUAGAAGUGCUUUCUUUGCGACGUGAGAUGGGUGAUGUGACGCAAAAUUUGUUGGAAAAACAAUCGAAAAUUCAAUCCAAGAACGAAUCGAUUAAUAUUGAACAGUAUUUGGAUGUAUUGGUCGACAGAUUGUGUAUUUGGCAAGCAUUAAGUGACACACGUUUAUUGGAUGACAAUAGUAUUAACUUGGAACCGGAUAAUGAUCAAUUGAAGCAAUUUUGUGCAGAAGUGGUUAUACCUUUCUAUGCAUCUAAACUUCCUGAUGUGUGUAAUAUGUUGUCUGUCAAGUGUGGUGGGCCAAGUUUUUCUUAUCAUGCUUUACGAGUAAAACGUACCAAAAAGUCCAAAACAUCAACCAAAGAGAAAUCAGAUGCUUGCUCGACUAAUGUAUCUGCCAAGUCUUCAAAGGUAUCUCUUGGUUCUUCGAAAACAUCUGCUAGUACUAUAUUUUGUCCUGAAACGGCAUUAUUUGAUAAAAAAACUAAGUUAACAGCUUCUUCUGUUACAUCACGUUUCUCUUCUACAGAUAAACAUACUAAGAGCAUUUCCAGAGAUGGUAUUUUGAAUUCUAAACAGUCUCUUGAGCACCGUGAAAUAAAAAUGCCUUUGAAACCAAUUGGUAGGAAAGGAUCUGAUAGGAUAGAUGACAUUUCGUUGCAUGUAACAUCUUCUGUAUCAUUACCUUCGUUACAAACUCGUGGCACUGAAGUGUGUCGGACUCGAGUAAAGCAAAAUACAGCCAAAGUUCAGAUUCAAGUGUUAGAAACGCCACAAAAGAAUCGAAUAACGCAUGAUACUUCUGAUUUAACAAUUCAGAGUGCUAAGCGAAUAAUAGGCACUCCAAUCAGCCAUGGAUCCAUAGGAUCACCUGUUAAAAAGUGUCGGAAAGUAGAAUACGUUACAGAAACACCCCUUCGGAAAUAA